CGGCGGCAGGGCAGCGGCCAGGUAAGCGACGAGAGAACACUAGUGGGGCUGACUUGCGCGCCUCCGAGCCGUCGGGAUACACAAGCAGCGGCACCGUUCGUUGUUGUAUACUGUCGCGCUACGCGUGCUACGGUUGUCGUGUGUCGUUGCCGUCGGCGCCGGUGCGAAAUUGUUGCGUGUCCUGGAUAUUACGUCUCCGUCGGCGCACCGCGGCCGGUUGUACCUUGCGCGCGCGAUCCCGCCGGCUCGUUCUGUUCUCUGCGAGACGCGGAGAAGGGUGCCGAUCGUCACGGAGGGUUUGAUCCGCUCGUCGCGCUGAGAGGGGCGCCGCGCCGGCGUUCUCGCCCCCGCCAAAAGUGUGUCCGCUGCCCACACCGGUCCUGUCGCGACUCUCCUCGUGACGACAGUAAUGCUUGGCGCGCUUCCAAGUCCGUGAAACUGUGACACACUGCCACCACGACGCUGCUACCGCGACGGUGCUACGACGUUUUGCCCGUCGCCUACUAUACCGUCGCUCGCCGUCGCCGCCGGUCUUGAGAACGUAAUCGCGUGUUGUCAUCGCUCACUCCACUCGGGGGGUGGAAUCGCAUGAGCGCGCGGAUGAGAGGUUUCGCGCGAGACCAGACGACUCGUCCACACAUGGUCGAUCUGGAUAUAUAGCAUUGUCUUGUAUAACAGACGUGUUGCAGAUACCUGUAGCUCUCUGCCGCGCUUACACGUUUCACACUAGCCAAUAGCAUCGAUACCUGUGUGCCUGUGCCGCAGUACGGCGAGCAGUGCCGCAGACGCGCGACGGUGCAACGUGAGCGUUUAGUUUCUCGAGCACAGUUUCCAAGUUUCACUCGUCGUUCGGCCGUCGAGCGAAGUCGAACACGCGAAUAGUGCACGUAACAUUGUGUGAACGAUCAAGUGCUAUCGAUCGGAGGGAUCGAUCGAGAAGUGUGUUUCCGCGUCACUGGCAGGCAAAGUGAUAAAGGAACAGCGGUGUCGUUAGAUGCGAGGAUUUUAAAAGCAGCUUCCGGAGGCCAGCCCGACGCAAUGCGUCGACGCUGCUGACGCAACGCGCCUGGAUGCGUCUCACUUUUAGCACGUUACCACAGCUUGCCGUUUUAGCGAAGAUUUUGUGCCUCCUGAUGGUGGUGAUGUGCGGGGCGGUGCCGGCGAUGGUGCGCUCCGUGAGUCUCUACUCGACUUGCAGCAGCGGCAAUGUUACCGUAAUAGGCCGCUCGAUCAAAGCCAUGGAACGCAACGAUAACUAUGCACCCUACCAGAAGCUCACCACACAAUCGGAAGAUUUCAGUAAGAGGCUGUACAUCUUUGCGGAGAAGAGCCAACGAUAUAUUUGCUUCAAUAGGCGGUGGAAACUCGUUGGCCUGCCGAGGAAGCAGAAGGGACCGAUGUGCCAGUUUUAUGAGGAAUACAAGGGCUCGUAUUUGAGGUACAGGAGCGCCGUCGACGAGACGCGGUUUAUCGGCUUUAACAAGAUUGGCAAGCCGAUGAAGAACCCCCACGGCAAGCAGGAGUGCUUCAACUUCAUCAAGUUCAACCCCCACGCCGACAUAAACCACCACAACAGCCUACUGAACGCAGAGGUGGGCGGUAUGGAGCCGCGGGAGCCGUAUGAGCGGCACGGAGCCGUCUCGAGGAAACCGUCGUCGAUGAUGAGGGCCACGAAGGCCCCUCUCAGGGCAAACUCCCUGUUGCAGGCCAACAGUGCGAGGCAGCCCGCGCACGCAUCGUCCACGCACCAUCGUCGGCACUCGAAUCAAUGGAAGAUGCGACCGGACAGGACGGACACGGUGUCCCGGAGACGGCACGACCGCCGCCUCCUCGUCGAGGCGAGCAAGAAUUGAGAGCCGCGUUGCGAUCUCGCUGAUCAAGACUGCCUCCUCCAUACCCCGUGAGAACUUGAGAUCAGACUGCCAAAUAUGCUGGUGGAUCGCACGGUCGGGAUGUCAGGAGCCCACUUAAAAAGAAAAAAAAAAACAACACACAAACGGCGCCUCGUGUGUCGCGACUCGAAGCACCGCGCGAAAUUCGUUCGAUCGCGAUCGGCGAGUCGAGAACGCGAGCACGCGCGCCUCAGCUGCGCCCGUUUUGGUUUCCGUUUUCGCGCCCGGAGCGGAGCGACGUUUCCCGGGUAUCGUCGCCGAGAUAGCUCGAGAUCCAAAUCGGGGGAGACGCAUGAGGUGGAAGCGCGAGUUCCCGUUCGAUGAAGCCAUCUCAAUUUCAUACGGUUAAGUUCGAUUUACACUUGCCCCGACUGACCCCUUCAAGGCAAGUACGUACCUCGUAACGGUAAGAGCGUUUCUUUUUCUAAUCGUCGAUUUCUCGUGAGUUUGGUUUGCGUGAUGAAUCGCUCUUUAUCUCUCUUUUUCCUCCCAUCUCUCUCUCUCUCUCUCUCUCUCUCUCUUUCUGUCUAUGUAUCUAUCUAUCUAUCUUUCUUUCUUUUCUUACUUUCGUGACGAAGCUUGGCCGAUUAGUGUACUUUUCUUUCGCACUCGAUGCUGCGCGUUGCGGUAAAUGCGCGGUACCGCACCAUGUAAAUUCAUUCGAGUUAUGCCCAAUCGAUCGAUUUAGCGAUGCAAACGGAAAGAAUUUCACGUCGUGUAGAAAUCGUAGCGCAACCCGAACGGCUGCUGUGCUUCGAGCGCGGUCACCGGCCCGUGAUGGUAGCGCAAAGAGACGCGCGGACAACGCGCGCCGAUGGACAUAUGUUUCCUUUGCUCGACAGAGAUCUGACCUUCAGACAUUGUAAAAUUUGUGUGUGUGUGAAUAUUAAUAUAAUUCGCAAAUCUACUUAAACAAUAUUUAUAUAAUUUAUAUAUAAAAAUUCGAUCAAGAUCACAAUUUUCCAAAUUGUCAAGACAUGCUCGUCACUUUUAGAAUAUAAUUUUAAUUUUGAUACUUUAUAAAAUAAAGGAAACAAAUUUAUACUUUCGCUUGCGUUACACUCGUGCAAGUGAUUGCAUCAAUUCAUCCAUUCAAUUGAAUCAGACUGUUCUCUAAAACAAAUUACGCGACGAAAAUCAUGACGUCUGAUACGAUUCGUUCUUUGGCGAAUUAAAGCACGAACGCUAUCGGCGCUGCUGGUCCAGCGAGGAAAUAUUUGUCACGUCGCGGACGCUCGUAUGUCGCCACUCUUACGCCCGUCUGCGCAGUAGAGCUCACGCCACGCAAGACUCUCUCGCUCGCUGUGCUAAUUACGCCGCCUAACGUAGCGUGCGUGCGUGCGUGCCUGCCUGCGCCUGCCCGCGUGUAUGAAUAAUGUGUGCGUGCCUGCCUGCGUGCGUACGUGCGUGCUCGCGACGUACACGCAGGCCUUACCGCCGCCGACGCACAAACUCGCGGCGCGAUCGAUUACAAAUGUGCUGAGUCCGACGAAUGCCGACAGUUUUUCGAAUUUUUUCUUCACAAUCCAAACUUGUUUUUCUUAUUUUGUUCAAACAUGAUGAUAAUUAAUUGCUAUCGAUUAUUAUUGUAUAUCGGGAUUCUAUCAACACCUUUGAAUUAACGCAAUGUUAUUAUGCCGUUUCGAAAUAGGAGGAACAAAAUGUUUCAGAUGCAGGACAUUUGAAGGCUCGACUUGAAAAAAGGCUGGAAGUGCCACAUUUAAAAAAAAAAUUUACUUUUGUAUUUAGAAGAGCUCUCUAUGUCAAUAAUAAUACAGCAAGUGGCUGUACAUGUAAUUUUUGAAAAUUAUUAUGAGAUAUAAAAUGGAAGCAGAGAGUAUUUUGGCUAUACUGUUUUAAAUAAAUAAAAUGUAAUUUUUCAUAAAAUUUUCACUUUUGUACUCUUUCCAAGUAUUUGUCUGUGUUCCUCUAUUUUUGAAACACGCAAUGGCAUUGAUCGAUAAAUUGUCGACAAGUUUAAUUUCAAAUAAAAUUUGUCCUGAAAUAUUUCUUCCUUCGAAUAUUCGGACGACGGCGCGAUCGGUUAGAGCUGCGUGUUUGUGCGCGAGCGUAUAUUAUAUUUGUGUGCAUUCUGCGUGCAUACAUAUUUUGUCUCCGGAACGCGUGUGAAUGCGUGUAAUAUAAUGCAUUAUCGUUAAUGAACUUAAUCCUUAGAACGCUAUCGCAGACUGUAUUAUUAGGCUAGGUACAUGAAUAUAUGACGCGGUGACGAUUCGGCGAAAAGAACCGGGGGCGCCGAGUUCCUUCAAACGCGCUCGCGAGAACGUCUUGUGCGAUCUUAUUAUUUUCCGUUUCUAGUUUCCGUUUCUAGUUGAGCGCUGCCUUUACGCGUCACGCUGUUUUAACUUCUACAAGGCACAAGAAAGGCGCCCCGGAGUGGUUCAUUUUCGCAGGCUCGCCACGUAAGGAGCGCCUGUCCCUUCGCCCCAGUAAGAAAAGAAAUCGCUCCCUAGGUAGCUUAUUUAUUGAAAUCAUGUUUAGGGACUACGAAAGCCGAAACGCCCGAGAAACUCUUCGUUCCCCUUCUACGUAUAUAUAUGUAUAUGAAGAUAUGCGCUGCUCUCUUUUUAUCAUUUUCGUUGUCCACCAUUAAUCCUUUUCUUAUUCUCUUCCCCCCUUUAUCAACCACAUCUCUUAAUCGUCAUUUCGUGCAACAUCACGUCGACUACGAAUCGUUUGAUACGAUGUCACUAAUCAUUCACUCGUGAAUAUUUCGCACACACAUCAGCUUUUAGUUUAUUUAUAUCUUUCUCUAAAGAAACAUUUUCGCGUUAAAAUCCCUUUUAUAUGAAAAGUAGCAAUCGGUAAUAUUUUAUAUUUACGUUUCGUAUUCCAUUACAUCGCUGCAUAACAAGGAAUAAUAUUCAAAUCAUGUACAUUUCUAAGAUUUUAAUUAAUGUUUUCGAGGAACUAAAAUUUUUUUCCAAGGACAUUUUUCUUUCUCCGCGUCCUUUCAAUCGUUUUGAUUAUUAAAAGUCACGCUUUUUACGCAAAGUCUGAAAAUACUCAAUACCUGAUUAAUUUAAUUGCAUACGAAUGGCAGUGCAUAGAAAAGCUUAUUCCUACGAAUGAUGUAUGUGUGUUAAAAAUUGUAGGGAGCAAUGUGCACGUAGUAACGCCACGUUUCGUGCGACGAAUCCAAGAUUUAAUUCUUACAACGCGUUUUGUUACAAAUUAAACAUCUGAUUUUUUUUGUAACAUUUUUUGUGCUCUCCCGAGAAAAUUCCCGUUUACUUUUUUUACCGCGGAUUGUUAUUUAAUUUAAUUAAUUCAAAGCUUUCGGUGAUUCGUUAUCGGCACGUGGCGAGUGCAAGCUAAGCACGAUAAGAUGUCGCGUGUAAACAGAAAUUAAACGCCAGCAGCUGACCAUGAAAAAGGCAUAAAAAAUCCGACGCUUAUAAUUUAAUAACAGAUAGCUAAUCUAACGUGUAUAUGUAUUGUAUUGUAAUAUAGGUAUUGUAACUCCGCCUCUAAAAAUUAACCAACUCGUUUUGUAUGUGUAAGCAUAGCGUCACGUAGCGACGUGCAGAGAAUCACCGCGGCGUUCACGGCGGUGCGGAAAAAAUGACGGAAUGAUUUUUAUGGAGUAUGCGAGUCUCUCCUCGAAAGCGAGAUAUGUCACUGACCGUCGUCCUACAUACAUGUAUAGAAAAAAAGGAAAAAAAAAAGUGAUUCUCCCGACCAGCGUCAUUCUCGCGAACCUCAUCGAACUAUUCGUAAUUGAGUCAUUGCGGGAUUAAUUUCGAUGGAAGAAAAUUUCAUUAAUUGUGUCACCAAUUUAUAUGCUUUUGUAUUGGUAAAAAUUUUGUUCGGCCUUCAAACUUUAUUAAACAUCACGCUGACGCUGCGAUCAUCUUAUCAUCGCCGCGUGACUCGAUUGCGAGCAGAGCAUCACCGCCCGUCCCAACCUUACAUCUCCCUCCUUUUUUUUACUUUCGCACUAUCGACGAACCAGAAAACGGCAGAUGAAACGAACAGAAUACAAGAGAUGAAUCUGACUAUCCUAUAGAUAGAUAGUAUACAUAAUGAAUAAAAUGAAGAAAGGUAAAAUAUAAAUAUUAUAUAUAUAUAUAAAUAUAAAUAUAAAUAUAAAUAAAUAUAUGAAAGAUGAUGUGUAUUAUAAGAUAUUUAAUACCGACUUGUCUUAGGCACACCCGAUGACGAUCGAUAACAAUGAAACGAUGAUAAUAAUUAUUACGAUGAUUGUUGUAUAACGAACGACGACGAUGAUGAUAUUCUACACUGUAAUUCGCGUUGUAAUAUAGAGGCCCACCCGUUACCCACUAAAUCGAUGUGUCGAUGUACCCCGGCCGUGCUGUGUCCGUGUGCGCAUCCCGUGGGAGGAUGAACGAGCGGGAGAUCGGGCUUAGCAGGUGCAUCGCGCGCUGGACGACGGCCAAUCAGCCGAACUGAGAUUUUUCUACGUGAAGGACCGGGAGCCACUUUCAUAACUGGCCGACGUUCAACGAUCGUCGCACCCGAGAUGGGAAAUUAAAUCGGUUACGAUCGCGCUUUCGCGCUACUCGGUCGGCAUUAAUCGUCCCGGCUUGUAGUGCGAAAGCCACCACGCACACACACACACACACACCCCUGUUUAACGAUGUGCGGCUGCCUAUUACGAACGAGCACAGCACGCCCGGCAGCAACUAGCAAUAAUAUAACAUUCCAACUUAAAUCGCAUACGUACUGCGAAUUCUAAUAAUGUGUGCCGCCGUACGAGAAAGAAAAACACUGUCAAAUACACGCUCAUACACUGCUA